GGCAUUUUUAAAGACCUUUGAGUACCGUAGGGGACGUGGAAAUCCAACCAAUGCAGCUUUUUCUGAACUCUUACCUAUCAGGCUGAAAGCUGCAUGCUUUAUGCCUGUUACGCAGAAAUUGGUUAUGUUUUGGUUUUAAUUGCAACAUGCAGUUCUCUUCAGUGUAUGGACACAAAAUUCCUUUGCAGGUAGGCUGUGUUUUGCCCUAAGCGUUCCCUGCCGUGCCUACUGGGUUGCCAACUUUCCAGCUGGCCGCUGCAGCUGUGCAGCUUGACAGACCUCGCUCAGCAUGGUUAAAGCGUGCUUCUCACCUGUACGCAGUGAGGGGAGCCUUUCCCCCUUUGCACCCUACACAAAGGCUGCCUAUCAGUUUCUGGUCAGCUGGCAACCUCGCGUGCCAGCCUGCGAUCCAAGAAGCCCUUCUUAAUUUGCAGGAGACUCGGUGGCUGCAGAAUUUCAAUUCCCCGUCUUGCUUGUCGCGUUGAUCCGGGCGGGGGAGGAAAGGUGGGCGGAACUUCACAUCCUCGAGUCCUUGUUUCAGGAGGGGAGGGGGAAGGAAACUCCUUCCAGGGGGAGGAAGCCUAUUGGCCAGCUAGACUACCAACCCGCGUUCUCUUCCUCUUUGCAAAGGCGGCCAAUCAGCGCGCGCAGAGUCCCACGCAGGCGGCUGCUGCUGCUGCUGCUCCCGGUUUGCAGUUUGCAAGGUGGAGAGGGAUGCUGGAGCGGCUUUUGCAGAGGGUGCAACCGGCCUGAGGGACCCCGGCAGUUUCCCACGUGGGAACUGAGGACUUGACACGGGUAUCCUAAAAGAUGAAGGUCCUUUGGCCUUGGAGGAAGAUCUGGGCUGGAAAGAGCCAUCUCUGCAGGCUGUACAGGGUCUGUUGAUAGCCUUCUAAUUUAAAUGUAUUUAUUUUUCGAAUCCCUACUUUUCCCAGUCUCCAGUCCUAUUUUUCUCGCUGCCCCAUAACUUCUAAAAUUGCAGCCUCUCGUCUUGAGAGUUCCUGUGCUGCUGCUGCUGUUUUUCUGUCCAGCAGGUAGGCUUUCAACGGGUGAGGCCUUCCAUCCGCCCCAGGAGUAGAGCCAGAUUUUUGCCUGUUGUAGCAGGUCCUUCAAAGCACCGGCACUUUCAGAUUUAUGUGAAUGACCAAGGGGAGACCAUCUGGCCUGAACUUGGCCGUUCCUUAACCUUGCUUUCAGGACAGUGCUGCGUAGAGAAAACACGUUGCAAAGCGAUACAGCAUAAUGGAGCAUCUCUGAACAUGCGCAGAGUGCAACUGUGUCAUUUCCCCCACACUGCUGGGAAUGAAGAAGCAUGGUUGCCGGGCAACCCCUGGCGUCCAGCAUCGCUCCAGAUAAAACAGUACUUUCUUCCCUUGACAACCUUUGGAGCUCAUCAUCCAGUCUCCCCACCCCAAACCUUAAAGGUUUUUGCUUUAUGAUGGUGCUCCCAUACAUUUGCAACACACCCAACUGGGGCUUGCUAAAUGAAAUGACUAGGUGCCAAAGGCACUCCUGUAGCAUCUCUGUACAAGUUGUGCAUCCUUUGGAGGCAAGCUCCCGUCAGUAGGUGCUGUUUAUUUUUCCUCUGUCUUGAGAGCAUCUGAUUUUUGCCCUCAGUGUCUGACUGAGCACUGAAUUGCCGUUCUGGGUGUCCCCCUUGAAACCUGUUCUUUGAGAGACAGGGCAGGGGUCUGUAUAUCAGUUUUUCUUUGGGUUGGCAGUUGUCACACUGACACUCCUAACAGGUAUAAAAGGGAGCCUGCUGCCUCCAGGUUUAUCUGCUACCGAUUUUGGGGAGAAAACUGCUCCAAGACAGUUGCUUACCCCUUUCCAUCGUUCUCGGCAAACGGUACCAUUUCCCCGCAAACCAUGUAACUUCUUCACUUUCCCCUCAACAGAACUAUGUUGGCUGUAGUACCUGGAGUGUUGUUUUUUUCCCAGUCCUGUAACAAAUAUUAACAUUGCUAGAUUUGCUGGCCAUCUUCUGUUUUAAUGGGGGUCUUGUCAGUCAUUCUGCAUUUUGAAAGUGGCCGUUUCCCUAAGGUGAGGACAGAAUUCAUGGCGAUUGACUUUGUCGUAUGUCUUCUCCUGUAGGCGGGUGUUCUUCCUUCCCACAUCUCUGAGCGCCUGGCGUUUUAUGAGAAGCUAAAAGCUGCUGCGGCUGAACGAUGCGCUGAGCGAAGCCACAAAAACAGCCGGCCGAUCCGGAUUUCCCUACCGGGCGGCAGUGAAAUAAACGGGGAGGCCUGGAUGACCACGCCAUAUCAAGUGGCGCUGCAGAUCAGGUGCGUGUGUUAGAUGUUCGCUAUGUGCUUUCUUCAAAUGUGCUUCCUCUUGAACACUUUUUUUAAAAAAAACACCAAACUGUUUUAGGCAAAGGGUUGGCAGCUCUUGAGAUAUGAACAGAGAUGUGCGACCCAAAAAUUUGAGCUCCUAUCCUUCACUUGUAAAAACAUAUCCCUAGAAGAUGAGUAAUAUUUGAAGUUUUUUGAGAUGCCCCUAAGUUGAUGGGAGUUGUAGUUCAGCAGCAUCUGGAGAUUCAGCACCUUUGGCCUUGUUAAGGCUUAGCAAGCUCUUCUUUAACUCAGAAUCUGAAACCUUCUGAUUCACUGGAACGGCCGUAGCUCAGGGAGAGAGCAUCUGCUUUGCAAGCAGACAGGUCCAGUUUCUAUCCCCAGUGGCAUAUCCAGGCCGGGAUGGGAAAAGAGCCCCUCUGUGGGAUUCUAGAGAACCUCUGCCAGUCAGUGUGUGCAGUACUGAACUAGGUGGACAGAUAGUCCAGCUCGCUACAAGGCAGUUUCCAGCUUCUGCCUUUUGGGGGCAAUCGUCAUACCUUAAAAAUAAUAAUAUGUUUCUGCACCGCUUAGAGAUUCUUAAUAUCAAGCAGCGCAGAAGUACCUAAAAUAAAUAAAAAUAAAUAUCUGGUCCGUUUCUCCUCGUGGUUGCGAGGCAGUUGCCAGUCAGAUAUGUCCUAACCUCCUACUUUAGAAGACAUCUAAAGGCAGCCCUGUUUAGGGAAGCUUUUAAUGUUUAAUAGGUUAUUGUGUUUUAGUGUUUUGUUGGAAGCCGCCCAGAGUGGCUGGGGAGACCCAGCCGGAUGGGCGGGGUAUAAAUAAUAAAUUAUUAUUAUUAUUGUUAUUAUUAUUACUGCUCUUGCAGCCGGAGUCUGGCACAGGGUGCCGUGGUGGCACGGGUGAAUGGGAGCCUACAUGACCUGGAUCGCCCGCUGGAGGGCAACGCCAGCUUGGAGUUUGUGGAUUUCGAAUCUCGGGAUGGGCAGGCGGUGAGUACCCAGAGGAGUUUUGCUUGUGCGGAAGAGAGGGAAGGGAGCUGCUAAAUCUUGACUGGCAUUUAGCAAGCAAGCAAGGAAAAGGGCCUCACUCUCCUUCCAGAUACCAGAACGUCUGGGGGCUGAAAUCAAGGUUCAGCACUGCCAGACACCCUGAUUCCUCGUUGGCUGGGCCCACCAGCUCCUCCACAGGGUACUGGCGUGUGGCCCAAGCAGCAGGAUUGAACCCUCUGCUCAUCAGCCUCUCCCCUCCCGCCGCUAUUGGUUAACUUUAGCAGAUGGUUGGCCCUGCGCACCUGUCAGUAUUUCUUUGUGGGGGGCGGGGGGGGAGGAGAAGAGAAAGAGCUGCCCUCCCUGGCCAAGAAAUGGGUUCCUCAGACCCUGCGCUACAGGAAGAGCAGCUUUUAAAAGGAGCUCGUUGGUGGGUAAUAGGUGUGUGAACAGCUAUGAGCUAAAUGGGGCUGGUUGCCUGCAUCAAACCUUAGCUUGUGAGCCUCAGGGGCUUGUAGAGGCAGGCUGUCUGGCAGCUUGAACCCAAGCUGUGUGUCGUUGCCGGUGUUCCAAGAGAGGAUGCUUUCAGGAGGGAUGUCCGGGUGGGCGGCCUUCUCCGUCUGGGUGGUGUGGUCAUUCUUGCCAGGAAAGUCCAGUCUGGUGACGUUGCUCUGUAGGCGAAGGCAGAAAGACCUCAACCUCCAGCCCUCCUUCCUCAGGCUCCUGGGGUGUCAUCCUUUCGGAAUUAUAUUGGGCUUCUUCCUAGCUCCUUGCAUAAUGGCUGGAAGAUUUGGAACAGAGAAGAUAAUAAUAAUUUAUUAUUUAUACCCCACCCAUUUGGCUGGGUUUCCCCAGCCACGCUGAGCGGCUUCCAACAGAAUAUUAAAAUACAAUAACCUAUUAAACAUUGAAAGCUUCCCUAAACAGGGCUGCCUUCAGAUGUCUUCUAAAAGUCUGGUAGUUGUUUUUCUCUUUGACAUCUGGUGGGAGGGCGUUCCACAGGGCGGGUGCCACUACCAAGAAGGCCCUCUGCCUGGUUCCCUGCAACUUGGCUUCUCACAGCGAGGGAACCACCAGAAGGCCCUCGGCGCUGGACCUCAGUGUCCGGGCCGAACAAUGGGGGUGGAGACGCUCCUUCAGGUCUACUGGACCAAGGCCAUUUAGGGCUUUAAAGGUCAACACCAACACUUUGAAUUGUGCUCGGAAACGUACUGGGAGCCAGUGUAGGUCUUUCAAGCCCGGUGUUAUGUGGUCUCGGCGGCCACUCCCAGUCACCAGUCUAUCUGCCGCAUUCUGGAUUAGUUGUAGUUUCCGGGUCACCUUCAAAGGUAGCCCCAUGUAGAGCACAUUGCAGUAGUCCAAGUAGGAGAUAACUAGAGCAUGCACUACUCUGGAGAGGCAGUCUGCGGGCAGGGAGGGUCUCGGCCUGCGUACCAGAUGGAGCUGGCAAACAGCUGCCCUGGACACAGAAUUGACCUGCGCCUCCAUGGACAGCUGUGAGUCCAGAAGAGGAAGGACUUCCUUACACAGAGCACAGAUGAACUCUGGGAUUCGUUCCCAUGAGACAUAAUGACGGCCAACAACUUAGAUUUGAAAGAGGGUCAGGCUGAUUCAGGGAGGGGGCAGAGGAGACUGUCAGUGACUAGCAGCCUAGGACUGUUCUUCCUCUACCGUCAGAGACAGUAAAUGCCUCUGAACAAUACCAGCUGCUGAGACUCACAAGUGGUGAGAGGGUUGCUGUUGCACUCAGGUCCUGCUUGCAAGGUUGCCAUUGGGGCAUCUGGUUGGCCACUGCGAGGACAGGAUCCUGAACUAGCUUGGCCACCUUCCCCCACCCCCAAGCAAGGACUUGUUUAUUGCGCAGACAUUUUAGAAUUAGAAUUCCCUAACAGUUUCACUUUUGAAGCUUUAAGAAAAACGCCAAUUUGUUUAAUUUAAAAGCUGUCUGACAAAAGAGCACCCCGGCCUGUUCUUCCAUUUUCUGUCCUUUAGCACCAGACAGAGCUUAUUUGCCUAAAUUGCUGAUUCCUUUUCAGGCUUGUAGAUUGUCUAGUAGCACUUUUCAAGCAGAUUGUUUUUCCAAGCUGCAUCACAUGCUUUCAACCAAGUCCGUGCCUGCAGACAGACAACAUUUCUUAACGGCCUGAUCUAGCAGCCAGUCUCUUUUGAUGUUCUUAUAAUAAUAUUCUCCCUUGGUUUGUUUUGACCAUUGUCCUCAGAUUGCCUCUGCAAAUGGGGAGGGGGCAGUGCUGCUGCUUUGGGAAGGAGCCUGGAGUUCCAGGGUACCUAACUCGACCUCUCCCCAAAUUUCUCUUUGCCAGCUUUUCUGGCACUCCAGUGCCCACGUUCUAGGAGGUGCCGCCGAGCAGUUCUACGGUGCCUACCUGUGCCACGGACCCAGCACUGAAAAUGGCUUCUUCUACGACAUGUAUUUGGAUGAGGAAAGGUAAGUUGGAAGGGCGAUGCUGGGGAGUGCGGUUGAAAAGAUGCGGCAGAAAAGGAAAAGGGGGCAGGAGAGGAAAACAGCAGAUGCAGUCUGUAGUUCUUCAGGUUAUGUAACAACUGGCUGGAAUGUAAAGAGAGUUGGAAGUUAAAGUCCCUGGUCUCUCGGCUGAGCCGCUGGAGAGGCCCUGCCUUCGCUCUCUCAAGUGAAAGGGACACAUGGCUCAGUAGCAGAGCCCUUGCUUGGCAUGCAGAAGGGCCGGAGUGGUUUCUCCAGGUAGGGCAGGGAAUUUUCUGUGCCUGAAACCCUGGAGAGACACUGCCAAUCGCUGUAGACCAGGCACCCCCAAACUCGGCCCUCCAGCUGUUUUGGGACUACAACUCCCAUCAUCCCUAGCUAACAGGACCAGUGGUCAGGGAAGAUGGGAAUUGUAGUCCCAAAACAUCUGGAGGGCCGAGUUUGGGGGUCCUUGCUGUAGACAAUAAUGGAUCAAGGGUCUGAUGUGGUAUAAGGCAGUUCCUUCUGUUCCUAAUUAAAUUAAGCUUUGCUUUCAGAACCAUAAAGGCUGCAGACUUUGAUUUAUUUUUAAGGAACAGCUGUAGCUCAGUGGCUGAGCUCCUGCCCUGCAUGCAAAAUGCCCCAGGUCCAAUCCCUAGUGGCGUCUCCCCUGCCUGAAACCCCCGGGGAACUGCUCCAAGUCAGUUAUUAUAACCCUAUUAUAAGAAAAGGUUGCAAGUGGACACCUAUCCUUUGCGGUGUUUUGUUGCAUCCCUUUGGGGGGUGGGGUGGAAGGAAGCGAAUAUAUAAAAUAAGAAAAUGAUUUCUCCCGCCAAAGGGCUGACCUGGGGUGUAAUGGAACAGGGUACGCUCCUUGGGAAAAAUAGGCAAAAGGCAGCCUAACCCAGAGCUAGAUGCAACAAUGGCCUGGCUUGGUAUAAGCCACCUUCCUGGGUCCCCAUUUAAAUCACCCGUUUAUUCAGAAACAUGAGGACUGGAAUCUUAAUUUUAUUGCUUAGAUCCAGGGCUCUAGAGCUCAGUGGGAGAUUACGCACGGUGCAUGCAGAAGGCUCCAGGUUCAGUCUCUGAUCGAGGUGAGAAGGACUCCCUGCCUGAAGCACCGGAGAACAAACACACAAAACGUAACCAGCAGCGCAUUCACAUCAACAAGUCUCUUCUGUAUUUUUAUCACAGUAUCAAAUACUUGUCUUGCACGUUAUCAACACAAAACCACCAUGUCAUAAGUUCCAUUCUCUUGAUAUACUACAUACAAACACGUACAAGGAGGGCGAAACAAGGCAUUAUUCCGGAAAUCCUUGUCAAGAUUCUGUGGAACUGUAGUAAGAUCCCAUUUGGAUUUUAUGAACAUACAAAGACAUACGUGGAACAGAAACUAGCAGAUAUUGGACUCUAUGAAUGAACUGAUCUAUUGGGACUUCUUCUUACAUUGUUGUACUUUAUGUGUUGAUAAUGUGCAAGAGAAGUAUAAAAAUACAGGAGAGAAUUGUUUAUGUGAAUGCACAGCCGGUUACGUUUUGUGUGCUUGUUCAAUGUGUUUUACGUAAUGCUAGGUUUGAUCUUGUUUUGCAAUGAAGCACUGGAGACACAUUGCUGCCAGUCACUGUCAACAGCAUUGUGCUAGAUCAUGGGUCGGCAAACUAAGGCCCGUGGGCCGGAUCAGGCCCAAUUGCCUUCUAGAUCUGGCCUGUGGACGGUCUGGAAAUUGCCGUAUGGAUCGCCAGCACACACGUUCUUUCCCUCUCCCUCACAUGGCGGCGCUUUUCUCCUCAGAGACGGAGCAAUCUUGUCCCACGCCAGGCCCAGUCGAUGGUGGGAGCUGGCUCACCCGCCUGCCCGCCUCAGCAGGGCGGCACUGUGAAGGGGGCAUGUGACGGCAGCGGCUGCUGCGUUUUCCUCCUGCUCCUCCUCCCUCUGUCUCAGUCUGCCCUCCCUUCCUUCCUUCCUUCUCUGCACCCCUUUUCUGCGCCACUUCCUCGCGCACUUUCUUCGUUGCCGCCUCCCUCCUUCAUUCCUCCCAUGGCGUUCAGGCGGUUUGUUGCGGUGGCCACGGCCACCGCUUGCAAAUUGGUGAGCGGCUCUGUCUUCUUCUCCACGGUGCCUCUCAGGCAGCAGCAGCAGCAGGUAGUGGGUAAAAGCUCUGGCGACGCCCCAGUUCCCCUACCUCUACCCACGGAUCCUCCGCUGGGGCUGCUGCUUCUGUCUUCGCCGGCUGACACAGCCUCCUACCCCGCUAUGGCGCCUGGCUGGCUGGAAAAGCCCAACUGCGGCUAUUGGGACGACAACUGGGACAAGUAAAGCGAAGCAUCUUCAGGCCUCUUUGCGGGCGGGUGAAAAUUGUUCAUUUUUUUCUUCAAAAUAUAGUCUGCCCCCCCCCAAGGUCUGAGGGACAGUGGACCGGCCCCCUGCUGAAAAAGUUUGCUGACCCCUGUGCUAGAUGUACCCUAAUGAUCUGAGUCGGUAUAUGGCAGCUUCACAUGUUCCUCUUAAUGUGUUAAUUGCUUUUGAGAUUUUGUUGUUGAAAAAAAGGAGGCAGGAUAGGCAUAUGGUGCAUGAGAUAUCGAAUGUGAAAAGAAUCUCCUUCUGAAAGUGGUCUGUGUGCAUGCGCACACACACACUUUUUGCCUUGCAGAAAUGAAUUGGCCUGUAGGACUUCCUCAAUACCUUGGGUUUUCAUGUUGCACCUCUGCUGUCCACUAGGUGUCGCCACUGGUCAAGCAAUGACUUUUCUGUACUGAGAAAUUUUGCUAGAUUUGAAACUUCUUUCCAAAUCAUCCUGAUGAUUUAAUCUCUGAAUCGUCAUAAAGUUUGAUUUAAGCAGAAGACUUGCAAGGGUUGCUGGUUGAAGGGGGGGGGAGCUUUGUGAGCUUCAGAAAAUGGCAAACAGGAUAACAAAGCCCUAAUCUCCAAAGUUUCUAAGAUCAAACAAGCAGGGAAGUAAAUAAACUUGAUUAGGAGCAGUUCACAACAUAUCCAGGGACAAAGGCUGUCUGGUCCACAGAACUGGCUGCUCCAAAUCAAGGGUUUAUCUUUCUGUCUGUUGGUUAGGUAUCAAAACUUUGAAGAUCAGGGGUUUUAUGACCCUCUUUGUCAUUUUGGGUCUGCUUGGGCUGCCUAUAAUUGCUUGACAUUAUCUGUUGAUGUCUCCAUGUUUCCUGUAAAGAGCUUUUCAUUUUUUUCUUCUUCACAGGACUGUGUCCAGUAAAGACCUGCCGGUCCUGGAGGAAAUCUGCAAGGGGAUAAUCGCCAAGAACCAUCCCUUUGAACGGCUGGAAGUGUCUCGAGAAGAUCUGGUGGAGCUCUUUAAGGUGCAAACUCCAAAGAAUGUCAGAAGAGCCCUCUGUCAUUUCAUAGAAAGACGGAAUAAAAAGAAGCUUAGAAUUAUUUAGUUAAGUGCCAGGGCCUCUGCCUUGCCAGUGACACAGUGGUACCUCUGGAUGCGAAUGGGAUCUGUUCCAGGGUCCCGUUCGCAUCCUGAGCAGAACGCAAUCUACGCGGGCGCGGGACGUCAUUUUGAGCGUCUGAGCGAGCGGCAAAACCCGGAAGUAACACAUUCCGUUACUUCCGGGUCGCCGCGGAACACAACCUGAAAACACUCAACCUGAAGCGUCUUAAACCCAAGGUAUUACUGUAACUGGAUUUUGCACCUGAAACCAAGAUGAGUGAGGAUGGCAAGAGUGUUGAGGAAGGCAACAUCUUCUGGGCAAGCACUAUGUUAGGAGCACAAGAAGGACAAGAAGAAAAAUAGUUUAAUGCUUAGGUAAAAUGUGACAUAUUUGUCCCCUGAGCUGAGUCCAUGGUUGUCCAGAAGUUGUUGUAUUGCUAGUCCAUUUCCAGUUUGAGAUCUGGUGCUCCCUGGUGUUCAUGGAUUGGAACUCUUGUUGUCAUCCUUGACCACUGACUAUGUUGGAAUCUUGCUGCAACAUCUGGGCUGCUACAGAUGUUCCACACCUUAGUUUCAAGGUGCUGUGGGGCAUUCUUCCCUUUGCUUUGCUUUCCUACCCUACUGGAAUUUCCACUCCUGACAACGUUGCGGCUGUGAAAAUUACUAAAAUGGCUGGCAACAGGUUCUUCGAGCUUUUUCUUCUGUUUUUGUUUUGAUGGCCUGGUUUCUGAAACAGGUGCAAAGUUGUCUACAAUUCCUGGAAGUUGACUGCAGUUUGUGGCAUCUGCUGCCACAGGAUGCGCCAAUGAACCAGAGGCUUUAGUGUAGCUUUUAAGAGGGCAUUAAACCAGUUUCUGAAGAGCUGCUUGUCAGUGGCUAUUAGUCAACUGAACCUCCAUGUUCAGAGGCUGUCUGUCCCAGUUGUUGGAGACAUAAACAUCUGCCUUCCACCCUCUCUUUUGGGGCCUCCCAGAAUAAUUUGUUUGGGCUUUUGUGGGGAAACAGAACGAUGGCCUAGUUCAGCCUUCCCUGGGUUCAUACCCUACAGAUAUUUUGGACUUCAGCUCCCAUCAUCCUUAGCCAACACUGCUGUGCUAGUAUGUGAUUGGGGAGAGCUGUAGUCCAAAAGAUCUGGAAGGCACCAGAAGGCAUGGGGAACGGCUGGUCUUGGUGGCCGAUUUUUAGAAAAAGUGCAGGGUUCCUCUUGCAUAUUCCACUUGGACAUGGGAACAUAGGUGCAAACUCACAGUCAGGCAUAGCCUUCGAAAUACACAGCUCCAUUUGACUGGUUUAUCCAGAGUGUUGCAUUUGCAAAGUUUUCUGUGCUUACCAGGAUUAGAGGGGUCGUAUCCAAUGCAGUGCUAAGUUAAAGUCACUUAGCCAUAUACUACUAAUAAUAAUAAUAAUAAUUUAUUAUUUAUACCCCACCCAUCUGGCUGGGUUUCCCCAGCCACUCUGGGCGGCUUCCAACAAAACACUAAAAUACAAUAACCUAUUGUAUACAAUAACCUACUUGAUGUGUUUUGCACAAGAGAACACGGAAGUAGGUUGCUGGUCACUUGUGUUGACCGAUAGAUUGUGCAAUCUGUUGCACAACGAGUUUCCACUGGCACAGCUCGUUGUGCUGAAUUGCCCUUGCACUAGCAGAGAGAGAAUACAACCCACAGCCUCCAGGUCUAAUGGCAGGAUACCAUUCAUGCAACAGUAGAGAGAGCCUUGAAGGACAGCCUUCACUUAACGUAUUUUCAACGAACCUGCCCAGGUCUAAGUAUCUGCAAUUAACGUCCAACUAGGCUGUUGAACGCAAGGAACAGGGCCUUUUCAGUGAUGGCCUCACGUUUCUGAGGCUUCUUCCCAAAGGAGAGGAGUUGCUCCCUCACAUGUUUUGCUUUUAAGCAGGCUUGUUCUUUCGACCCUACUUCUUAUUGAAAUGAUGAGCUGUGUUUUGAAUAUUGUUUUUUCUCUCACUGUUUUGGAACUAAUAAUGGCUUUUUAGUACAGUGGUACCUCAGGUUAAGUACUUAAUUCGUUCCAGAGGUCUGUACUUAACCUGAAACUGUUCUUAACCUGAAGCACCACUUUAGCUAAUGGGGCCUCCUGCUGCUGCAGCGCCGCCGGAGCCCGAUUUCUGUUCUCAUCCUGAAGCAAAGUUCUUAACCUGAAGCACUAUUUCUGGGUUAGCGGAGUCUGUAACCUGAGGUACCACUGUAGUGUGGGUUGUUUCAAACGGCUAGUAAGAUUUCAGUUCUCAUGGUUCUGAUUAAUAGGCCAGUUUAAAUAGGACUAGAGGAAGCUGCCAUUUAAUGAGUCAGACUGAUGAUCCAACAGAGGUUCUUCCAGGGGUUUCAGGCAGGGGAUAUUCCCAGCCUUACCUGGAGAUGCUGGAGAUUGAACCGGGAGACUUCUGCAUGCAGGCCAGCAGCUUUGGUUUGAGCAUUCAGACUAAUUUUCUUCUUUUGGAAAGUGUUCAGGGAAGUGGGAUUUUGGGUGAUGCGGUUGCAGGAUGGAUAGAACACCAGAGGAGCUGGCAGGAUCAGGCCAAUGGCCCACGUAGUCCAGCACCCUGUUUCUCACAGCGAACUAUUGCGAAACUUCCUUGACAAUUGUUGGCUCUUUUUUUGCCCUUCCAGCACAACAAGUUCAAACUUCAGAUUAUCGACGAAAAGGUGAAAUCUCCGACUGCCACCGUGUACAGGUGAGAGAAACCCUCGACUCUGGACAUCCACGGCUGACCUGCGGUUGUUGCCUCCUUUUGAGACGUGGGUGGCACUGUGAUCUAAACCACUGGGCCUCUUGGGCUUGCUGAUGAGAAGGUGGACAGUUCAAAUCCCCACAACGGGGUGAGCUCCCGCUUCUCUGUCCCAGCUCCUGCCAACCUAGCAGUUCGAAAGCACACCAGUGCAAGUAGAUAAAUAGGUACCGCUCUGGCGGGAAGGUAAAUGGCAUUUCUGUGCACUCUGGUUUCCAUCAUGGAGUUCCGCUGCCAAAAGCAGUUUAGUCCUGCUGGCCACAUGACCCGGAAAGCUGUCUGCGGACAAACGCUGGCUUCCUCAGCCUGAAGCGAGAUGAGCGCCGCAACCCUAUGAUCCUCACAGUGAUCAACUAAAUUCCCCAAAGGGCUCCUCUUAUUGUAGCAAAACCCUUUAGGGGCAUCGGUGUAAGCAAUAUUGCCACCUAGCCCUUUAACAGACCUGUUGCCAUUGCCACAGCGUCAAUGCUCCUGUUAUUCUAAUUUAGUUUUGUUUAGUUAUAUUUCUUAAAGAGAUAUUUAUAUUUUAAAAAUAUAAAAUAUAGCCAAGUUUCAAGGACUCGUAGCCAAGUACGAUUGUCUUCCAUGAACACGGUCUUAGCCGUGUGUCCGUAGGUGACUGUGGAGGCCAAUUCUGGAUCCACACGUCCUUCCACAGUGGGGACAUUGGUUUCCAGGCAGGAGUUGAUCACGGUGAGGGUUUGCCAAGAGUGCCUUCCUCCUAGCACGUUUCUCCCUUUUGUCCUGAGUUCGAGCGUCUUCAAAACCCACGACAGGUUUGUUAAAGGCUGUUCUCCAUUUGGAGCAUAAGUACGCCACCUAAGGUGUCAAAGCAUCAGGAAUAAUCAAGGCCCGAUACUCACCAUCUCUCCUCUUUCCUGUCUGCAGGUGCGGGCCCUUCAUCGACCUCUGCCGGGGGCCACACGUCCGGCAUACGGGGGAGAUCCGUGCACUGAAGCUCCUGAAGGUGGGUGCUAACGUCCCAUGUGCAGGCAUCCGGCAGUAGGGUGGGGGGCCUUUGGGGGGGGGGCUGAAGAGCCUAGUGCAAAUGCUGCGAAUCAAUAAAAUAAGGAUAGGCAUAUUAAUGAAGCAUAGCUGUUGUGUGAACAUUUUAAUGUUUCAUAUAAUCCCCCCCUUUGUAUCUAUGUUUUUAAGUCACUUGGAGGCUUGUUAGGUAGCAAGUGACCAUUAAGUCUAAAUAGCAAUAAUAAUAAUAAUAAUAAUAAUAAUAAUAAUAAUAAUACAGUGGUACCUCUGGUUGCGAACAGGAUCCGUUCCGGAGGCCCGUUCACAACAUGAAAGCGCAACCCGCAGCGGCGCGUCUGCGCACGUGCGGGUUGCGAUUCGCCGCUUCUGCGCAUGCUUGUGACGUCAUUUUGCGCUUCUGCGCAUGUGCGAGCGGCGAAACCUGGAAGUAACCCUUUACGGUACUUCUGGGUCGCAACCUGAAAGAACGUAACGUGAAGCAAACGUAACACGAGGUAUCACUGUAAUGAUUAUGAUAAUAAUAAUAAUAAUAAUAAUAAUAAUAAUAAUAAUAAUAUAAUAUCCCAGAUGGUAGAAAUGCCAAAGUUGCGCUAAUGUAAUAGCUUAAGCAGAGGCUGCUGAAUCGAGCCAAGGGCCCACCUAGUCCAGCAUCCUGUUCCCACAGGGGCAAAACAGAUGCCCUCAAGGAGAACCACUUUCCCCUCUCGCAAUUCCCACCAACUGGUAUUCAGAAGCAUUGGUGCCUCUAGCAGUGGAGGCAGAGCAUAGCCAUCCAUGAAUUUGCCUCACAUCCUCUUUGGAAGCCAUCUUAAGUUGGCCGCCAUCGCUGCCUCCCCCGGAAGCCAGUUCCAUAGUCUCACUGCUUUCUUUUCCCCUGUCCUGAACCUUCAUACAUUCAGAAACCCUUCUUUCUGGACCAGGCAAUAUUGCAUGCUUAUAUUUUUUUUGUCAUUCCUCUUGGCUUGGCAGAACGCCGCCUCCUACUGGCACGGAGACCCUUCGAAGGAGUCCCUGCAGCGGGUCUACGGCAUCUCCUUCCCCAGCCCCAAGCAGCUCGCGGAAUGGGAACGUGCUCAAGAGGAGGCUGCCCAGCGAGAUCAUCGGCGGAUAGGCAAGGUGGAAUUAAGACCUGUUGGGUCUGGUAUAACCUCCGGGAGGAAAUGCUUCCCUCCCUCUCUCCCCAUCCCCCAAGGGCGGGGGAGGGGUUUUUUUAGCCCAGGGGGUCACAUUCCUUUACGAAUAAGCACCUGUAAAAUACCGUAUUUUUCGCUUUAUAAGACGCACCAGACCACAAGACGCACCUAGUUUUUGGAGGAGGAAAACAAGAAAAAAUGUAUUCUGAAUCUCAGAAGCCAGAACAGCAAGAGGGAUCGUUGCGCAGUGAAAGCAGCAAUCCCUCUUGCUGUUCUGCCUUCUGUGAUAGCUACGCAGCCUGCAUUCGAUCCAUAAGAUGCACACACAUUUCCCCUUACUUUUUAGGAGGGAAAAAGUGAGUCUUAUAGAGCAAAAAAUACGGUAUAUAUUGAUGCACUGACACCCUGCCUUCCUGCUGAGUAGCUCAAGGUGGUUGUACGUGGUUCUCCCCCAUUUUUAUCCUCUCAGCACUCCUGCAAGCCAUAGAGCAGGCAUAGGCAAACUCGGCCCUCCAGAUGUUUUGGGACUACAAUUCCCACCAUCCCUGACCACUGGUCCUGUUAGCUAGGGAUGAUGGGAGUUGUAGUCCCAAAAAACAUCUGGAGGGCCGAGUUUGCCUAUGCCUGCCAUAGAGACAGUGACUGGGCCCAAGGUCUCCUUGUGAAGAUUUGAACCCUGGUCUCUCGGAUCCUAUUCCCCCGUUCUAAACUAUUACGCCGCACAGACUGACUUUGUUCCUCUACAGGAUCAAGAGCUUUUCUUCUUCCAUGAACUGAGCCCAGGAAGCUGCUUCUUCCUCCCCAAAGGAGCGCACAUUUACACAACUCUCAUGGACUUCAUUAAGGUGUGCUCUGCUUCCUAAUCCAUCGCUUCUCAAAUGCUUCAGAUCGGAGUGUUUGCCUGUGCGUGACUUAUGUGCAAAGGUCAGAGCUGGUCUCUGAUGCCACACACUGUUUGAGGCGGACGAUCUAAGUUCAUCCUUCCCUGGCUAAGUAUCAGAAACAGUCCGUAAGAAUGACAAUUCAAGUUGACUUUAAACCCAGUGUUCAUUAUUGAUAUAUACAAUGCAAAGAUGUUUCCCUGUACAGCGCAGUCAGGAUUUUGCAUGGUAAGAACUGGAGAAAAUCCGUGUCCCGGACAGGAGAGUAGGAUGGUCAGUUUGAAAAAGACAGUUUCUGCCACUCUUGCCACAUCAGCCCAUUAUAUGUGAGCAAAGAGAUGCAAGCAAACAACCUAAUUUCCUAUGCAGACUUUAUUAAAAGACGAACCACGUAGUCAGCCUAUUGGAGUGAGUUAUAAAAGUCAGGAAUUAAAAAACAAACAAAUGUUUAUUAUUUUUAAUGAGCUGGUGCGUGAAGAAAACUAAUUUUAAAUAUCUAUUAGCCAUGUUGGGACCGAUGCUCCAUCUUUUCCUUAAUUCUCUGCCCCAACUCCUGGUAUCCCCCUCCCUUUCGUUUUUUGUGUCCCAGAGUGAGUAUCUCAAGCGCGGCUUCUCUGAGGUGAUCACCCCCAACAUUUACAACGUGAAGCUGUGGGAGGCGUCUGGCCACUGGCAGCACUAUUCCGAGAACAUGUUCUCCUUCAGGGUCGAAGAGGAGACCUUUGCCCUCAAGCCAAUGAACUGCCCUGGCCAUUGGUGAGUUAUGAAUUAUUAGGGUGGGGCAGGGAUGGAGGCCUGGGGGUGUAUAUUCAGCUUGCCCCUAAAGCUCCGUUGAUGUGCCUUGAGAGGUAGAAGCAAGUUCCUCUCCCUUUCCUCCACGUAGCCUCAUGUUUGGCCACCGCCCCCGGUCUUGGAGGGAGCUGCCUCUCCGCCUUGCUGACUUUGGGGUUCUGCACAGAAACGAGCCGUCGGGAGCCCUGACUGGGCUGACGCGGGUGCGCCGGUUCCAGCAGGAUGACGCUCACAUCUUCUGCGCCAUGGAUCAGGUGAGGGAUGGGGCGAUGGCAAGAUACAGUGGUACCUCGGGUUACAGACGCUUCAGGUUACAGACUCCGCUAAGCCAGAAAUAGUACCUCGGGUUAAGAACUUUGCUUCAGGAUGAGAACAGAAAUCGUGCUCUGGUGGUGAGGCGGCAGCAGGAGGCCCCAUUAGCUAAAGUGGUGCUUCAGGUUAAGAACGGACCUCUGGAAUGAAUUAAGUACUUAACCAGAGGUACCACUGUACCUGCAUGGCUGAACCCGAAGGCUCCACCUGUCUCUGUUGAAACAGCGCUCUGAGACUUCAUUUGUUCCUUUUCUCUCUCUUUCCUUUUCUUUCUUCAACCUUCCUCCUCUUUGUGCCUUUCUUUUUUGGUUGGAUUUUUAAAACAUUUCUUUUAUUUUCGUAUAUUAUAAAAAUAGAAUUUGUGUUGGGUAUAAACUUUGGUAUACCUUUUGAUGAGUAUCAGUUAAAAGGAAAUGUAAAAAAAACAACAACAUAAAAGUCUUCUGAUACCAAAUGGGCAAAAACUGGAACAUCUUUUAAAGGGGAGGAGGGAAUGCCGGGACAAACCAGGAAGGAAUGGGAUAUUAUCACCUCUUUUCUUCUCUCUUCCCCCACCCCUCAAAUUCAGCUGGAAGGAGAAAUUCAAGGCUGCCUAGACUUCCUUCAAGCUGUCUACUCUGUUUUUGGAUUCACUUUGCGCUUCUACCUCUCCACCCGCCCCGAGAAAUUCCUUGGGGAGCCUCACCUUUGGGAUCGGGCCGAGGAGGUAAGAAUGAGACCCCCUGCCAUUGCCUGUUGUUGUUGUUUGGUCAUUUAGUCGUGUCCACCUCUUUGUGACCCCCUGGACCAGAGCACGCCAGGCACUCCUGUCUUCCACUGCCUCCCGCAGUUUGGUCAAACUCAUGCUGGUAGCUUUGAGAACACUGUCCAUCCAUUGCCUAGGAGAGCCAAUUUUUUGCCAUUGCCUAGGAGAGCCAAUUUUUUUUCCUGCCUGCAAAUUGAUCAACCUGAGAAGCACUUAAAUAGCUUUCAAUGUUACGUUUCAAUCCAUAUUCGUGCGGGUUUUAUCCCUCGCAGUGAUGGGAAGGAUUAGCUUUGUGUGUGUUCUCAAAACGCUUCUCUCUCUCCCCCCCCACCCCACUUUAAAAAUAUCCUUUGUUCCAUCCUGUUUGCUAGGCAAACAUGCCCUGAGGUCCUUUUUCUACUCAAAGAAGCUCCCGUGACCUGACCACCCAGCUGGCGGGCGCUUGCCAAGUGUUCAACAAGCUCAGUUUCCUGACUCCUCCUUUUUCUCUCACCUUCCAGCUGCUGGAAAAAAGCCUCCGAGACUUUGGACAACCUUGGGAGCUCAAUCCUGGGGAUGGCGCCUUCUACGGGCCAAAGGUCAGUGAGUGCCCUGCCUGCCAGAAAUCCUGAACCGUAGGAAGACCCGGUAGCUGGAUAAAAUUAAGGUCUCACAUAUAUAAUAAAUGUCCAUGGAUGUGCCAGGCAAACACGUACAUAAAUGUAUGGGCCACAUAUCUGAGGCAGCACAGGAGGGCAGCCCUGGAGCCAUUUUGGCUCCCAAACUGACCAAAUGUUUUCUCUGCAAGGUCAAAGGAAAAUGGAAAAGCCUCCCCAUUGUCUUUUCAUUCACAAAAGCUGUCUUAAGGGUAUGUCUGUGUAUGAAUAGGGUGAGCCUGUGACCUGGUAUUUGUCGCUACAAGUAUUUGUCGCUACAAAAGGCUGGCCAGGCUCCCCAGGGUAUCCAAUCAAGGAAGCAUUAACAGGUAACCUGCCUGACAGGAGAUAAACAAUGCACUCAGAUUUCUGUUGUAGACCGCCCCUUCUGUGAUGUAGGUAUGAUGUGUCUGGGGGUGGUCUGGGACUCCAGGGCGGGCAAUUUAAAAUGUCUAUAUAAGGGCGGGCACGCCUUUGUUUUGGGUCCUCCUCCUUUCCUGCGUGUGAGGGGAGCACUCUUGUCAGGGAACUGCCAUCGGAAGGAAGGGAGGUGAAAGGACUCAGACAGGUUGGAAGAGACUCAGCAGCGGAAGAGGGAACCAGCAAGGGGAGAGAAGCUGAACUGAGGGAGGUGAAAGGGCUCAGACAGGUUGGAAGAGACUCAGCAGCUGAAGAGGAAACCAGCAGGGGAGAGAAGCUGAACUGAGGGAAAGGGAGCUGGGGGAUGGCUCAGAGAUACUUCCAGCGAAAACAGUGGUGAGGUUUCCGGACCUCCUGUUGGGACACCCACUCCUCGCCGGAAACUGUCACGCAGAGAGUCCAGAAGACGUGUUUCCGUUAAGGAGCUUUUAUGUUGGAAGCGAUUACGAAAGCAGCCACUGUCGGAAUCUUCUAGUGACUAGAGGAGCCAUGUCAGAGGGGCUCAGUCACAGACAGAGGUUUGUGGACUUGAACAAACUCUGAGGGAAUACGAUUUUACGCACAAGCAGCUCAUCUUCCCAUCACAACUCUGUUGCAACAGUUCGAUAAAGAGCAGGCUUACGAGCUACUUUGCUUCUCAAUAUUCUCUGCUUGGCCUCUGUUAUUUUCUCUGACUGAUGGAGAACCUACAAAGGACUCUAUAAGGGCUUUUGUGUUCCCCAUAAGGAAAUAAGGGCAGAUUUUCGUUUAUUACAGCUGCUAGUCCUGGUGGCUCUGCUCUGCUUCCACAGUCAUAGAGGCAGCACUGGUUCGGAAUACCAGUCUCUGGAGACUCCAGGAGGGAAGAGUGUUCUUGUGUCUGAAUCCUGCUUGCAGGUUCUCAUUGGGGCAUCUGGUUGGCGACUGUGAGAACAGGGUUCUGGACCAAAUGGGCCCCCUUCAGCCUGAUCCAGAAGGCUCUUCUUAGGUGCUUGUGUUCACAGUGAGAACAAAGCCCACUCCUCUCACUUCUGAGUCCCAGCGACUGACAUUCAAAAGCUGCCUGCCUCCAACAGUCAAGGCAGAACAUGCCCAUUAGGGCUGGCAGCCACUGACAGCCUUAUCCUCUGUGGAUUUUUCUGAUCCUCUUUGAACAUCGCCCACCGGCACUUGCAGGUCAAAGCUAGCUGAGGCACGUAAUGGGUCCUGUUCCUCACAGCAUUCUCUCUGUGUGCAUUUUCCCCCAGGUUGAUAUUCAGAUUAAAGAUGCCCUCGGCCGGCACCACCAAUGUGCCACCAUUCAGCUGGAUUUCCAGAUGCCCAUCCGGUUUGAUCUCUCAUACGCAAGGUGAGCUCUGCUCCAGGUAGAUAGCCAGGGGGCUUCACAUACUUGGCGCUCUGCUCCUACCGACCCCUAAAAUUCCCAGGUUGCCUUCGAAUUUUCAUGCAGGGGGAUUUAAUGAAAGGAAAAUGUUUUGGAAACUGAGGAAGCUGUCUCCUGCCAUGUCAGGCCAUUAUGGUCUAAGGGGAAGGCCAUAGAUCAGUGGGAGAGCAUCUGCUUUGCAUGCAAAAGGUCCUAUGUUCAAUGGCAUCUCCAGGUCUCCUUUCCCGAAAUCCUGGAGAACUGCUGUCAGUGAGUGCAGACGCUACUGAUGUAGAUGGGCCAAUGGUCUGACUGGGUAGGAGGCAACUUCAGGUCUUCCUCUUGGUUCCCCUGGACACACCUGUAGCUGUCCAGACUACAAUCCCUAACAUCCCUGACUGGCUGGGAUUUAUCCCGAUCCUUGGUCUAGCUGACAAGGCAGAGUUUUCUGUCGGGUGCCUUGAACAGCCCUACCUGGACUUGCCUGCCUGGGACCUUUUGCAUGCAAAGCAGGUGCUCAACUGCUCAGCUAUAGCUAUUCCCUUAGAAAUAAAGCAAGGUCCCGGUCCUCAUGGUUCUGGAAAAAGGGCUGGUUUUCAACAGCAUGAAAGGACGCUCAACUCCCCAUCAGCUAGCAUAGCUACUGGUUAGAAUUCUUAUCAUUCUUAUCAUUAUUAAGAUCCCACCCUGCAUCACAAGAUCUCAGGGCGGUUCGCACAGUAAAAAUACAAGGUAAAAACACAAAUAAAUACAGUCAUACCUCAUGUUACGUCGGCUUCAUGUGACGUUCUUUCAGGUUAUGUCCUGUGGCGACCCAGAAGUACCAGAAAGGGUUACUUCCGGGUUUUGUCUCUCACACAUGCGCAGAAGCGCAAAAUGAUGUCACGCACAUGCGCAGAAGCGGCGAAUCGCAACCCGCGCGUGUGCAGAUGCGCCGUUGCGGGUUGCGCUCUUUUCAUGUUGCGAACAGGCCUCCGGAAUGGAUCCUGUUUGCAACCAGAGGUACCACUGUAGUUAAAAUGGUUAAAACUACAACAACAAAAUAAUGGGUACUGUAGCCCAAUAACAGCUAGAGAGGCACAGGUUUCCAUUGUGGCCCUGCACUAAUCGGAAAUGGUUCUGUAAGGUGAUGGUGGGGAGCCUUUGGCCCUCAAGAUGUUGUUGAACUUCAACUCCCAUCAGCCCCAGCAAGCAUGGCCAGUGGCUGGGGAUGCUGAUGAUGGGAGUUGUAGUUCAGCAAUGUCUGGUGAGCCACAGUUUCCCCCACACCUGCUCUAGACAGGAGUGUUUGCCCACCGUCCCUGGAGAUGCCAUUGGGAAUUGACCCGAAGGACCUUCUGCAGACUUUCUGCCACAGAGCUACAGGCUCUUGCAUUUUCAGUUCUUGGCUGAAGUGACUCAGAUGCACCCGAGUUUCUUUCCAGACCUGCCAGAUUGUGCAAGCAAAACACGGAGUGAGUUUUGUGCGAAUGAACCUGGCACCGUAGCAUGCAAAGCAGAUGCUCCACCACUGGACAUGCACCCCUUGCUCCCCCCCCCCCCCAAAGCCCUACACUGAACACAGAACAUUGCCAUAGUGUUUAUAACAUCAAGCAAGAAGCUCAGACAUGAGUGCGUAACUUCUGAGAGAGCCAACGCAAAAUCUCCACAGCGAUUCCGUCAGAGGAGCCUCAUUCUCGGGUCUCUUUGAGUGGAAGGUUCUCUUUUCUCACUCUCUCCCUCUCCCUUCGCUUCCUCACACCCAACUUUCGCAACUGGUCCUUCCCCUACCCAACCCCUGUCUGACCACAGGACAGGGAAAGAGGAACUGCCUAGGAAUGUGAAGGCGCCUUUGUUUAGUAGCUUUCUGGAGAUUGGUUUACCAGCUGCAGGAGCUAAUCUGCAAUCUGCGUGGCACCAGCUGUGUGCCAGCUCUAGGUGUCAGACUUGGAAGAACGGGGAAGUGUUUUGCCUGCCAGAGGUCUGACUGUAACCUUGUUGGGCAAGCUUUUUUGUGCAUCUUGGCAAAGAUCCCUCUUAGAAAUAAGGAAUAGCUAGGUGGGGAGGACUGGGCCUCUUCAAAGUACUGAUAUUCUAUCGAUCAUCCAUCUAUCUAUCAUCUAAAAAAAAGCAAUUGUUUUAAUUUUAAACCACAAAACAGGAGUAACAACACAAGCAGGCAAAAGCAAAAAAGCCCGAAAUGAAAUUUUGUUCCAGACCUGACGUGGUUUGGUUUGGUUUGGUUUGGUUUGGGGUUGAGACCCUUGUUCACCUUCCCAACAGGAAGUCAGGAACAGCUGCUAGAAUCUGCAUGUGAAAGGUCCCAGGUUUGACCGCUGAACUCUCCAGUUAAGUCUGGGAACACCCCCUGCCUGAAACCCUGAAGACCAGAUGCUGGACAAUGUGGAUGAAUACUGACCAAGCAUCUGACUUGGGUAUAAGGCAGCUUUCCUAAGUCAGCCCUUGAUUUGGAACCACAAGGACUGGAAUAUUAGCAUUAUUUAGUGGUAGGAUCACAUGCUUUGCAUGCAGGUUCAGUCCCAAGUGGCGUUUGCAGGAAGGGAUGGGAACAUCUCUUGCCUGAAAUCCUGGAAGGCUGCUGCCAGUCAGUUUAGACGGACCCCAAUGAUCUGAUUCAAGGUAUGGCAGCUUCCUGCAUUCCUAAACAUGUGCCAUCUCCUGCCUUCCGCCACAAAUCCACAUGGAAGCUAUGGGGCCCACCUGAGCGAAGCUUGCACCCCUGGCCUAGAUUACGCAGAUGCACUCACAGCCCACAGCUGCAGGCAGCAGUGCUUCCAAAUCCCAGGGGAGAGAGAGCUCUUGUGCUCAGGUCCUGUCUGUGGGGAUUCCCACAGGCAUCUGAUGGUUGACCACAGUGAGAACAGGAGGCCGGACUAGAUGGGCCACUGGCCUGAUCCAGCAGGGCCCUUCUUACCUUCUUAAUUUCCGUCGUUCAACGUAGGCUGCAGCGUUGGGGCAGAAACCAAGGUUAGCUUCAUCCAAAAGGAUUUCAGGAACAUGGAGCAUACACAGCCCUGAGAGUUCAGGUGCUGACUCCGUGUGCUCAUGUCCCAUACAGCAAAGACAGUGGUUUGGAGGAGAGACCAGUGAUGAUCCACCGAGCAGUCCUUGGCUCUGUCGAGAGGAUGUUGGCUGUCCUGGCGGAGAACUACGGCGGGAAGUGGUGAGUGACCGGGGGGCUGUGCCACCGAUCUUCCUUGCUGGGUCUCGCCAUGUUUCAGGAUGAGGUGGUGAAAGCGAUUGCAAGUGCAGGGUGCCAUUGUUUGAAAAUGUUUCCUCUUGUUCAAAUUCAUAUAGAUGAAGUUCGUAAAAGGAUGCAUGACAUGGGGAAACUGGAUAGGGAAAAGUUUUAUCUCCCUCUCACGUAAUGCUAGAAGCUGUGGACAUGCAAUGAAGCUGGACAAUUCAGGACACAAAAGAAAGUCCUUCUUACUGUACCACGUAAUUAAACUAUGGAGCUCCUUCCUGCAGGACACCAACCUAGAUGGCUUUAGAAGUGAAGUAGACAAAUUCACAGAGGCAAGAGGGCUAUCGAUGGCUUCCAGCCCUGAUGGCUAUGUGGUGUCUUCAUAGAUGGAGUCAGUAAUAAUUUUGAAAACUGGAAACCUUAGGAGGGGGAUGUGCCCUUGGCUGAAAUCUUGCUUGUAGGCUUCCUGUUAGGGCAUCUGGUUGGCUACUUGAAGAACGGGAUGCUGGUCUAGGUGGGCCAUUGGCCUGAUCCUUCCAGUUCUUAAAGGUAAAGGUAAAGGGACCCCUGAUCAUUAGGUCCAGUCGUGCCCGACUCUGGGGUUGCGGCGCUCAUCUCGCUUUAUUGGCUGAUGGAGCCGGCGUACAGCUUCUGGGUCAUGUGGCCAGCAUGACUAAGCCGCUUCUGGUGAACCAGAGCAGCGCAUGGAAACGCCGUUUACCUUCCUGCCGGAGUGGUACCUAUUUAUCUACUUGCACUUUGACGUGCUUUCGAACUGCUGGGUUGGCAGGAGCAAGGACCGAACAACGGGAGCUCACCCCGUCGUGGGGAUUCGAACUGCCGACCUUCUGUCCUAGGCUCAGUGGUUUAACCCACAGCGCCACCCGCGUCCCUAGCGCCACCCGUGUCCCAGUUCUUACGUUCUUAUAAAUAGGCCGGAUCACUCCCUGCUGCUGUGUUUCUACCUGUCAAAGAAAAACCAACAAUCGAAAUGUCCAACUUUUAAGUGUUAAGCUGGCAUUGUCCCUGUGGAGCCAGCUAUAUACGCUCUCCAAGGUUUAUUGUGAACAGAAAAUGCUGCAAUGCUGGGGCAAAAGCAGUCAAGGAAUCAGAACUGUGGGUUUUUGUGAAGCUGCAAAAGCUGCUGAGUGUCAGCCAUAAAAGUUAAUAAAUCAAUAGAUCACCCAGGAAGUGGUAGCUGCAGGAGGGGAAGGAAGAAUUAGGCUGACUUGAGGGUGUUGUGCCUUCUGCUCUCAUUGCAGGCCCUUCUGGCUGUCCCCGUUCCAAAUUAUGGUGAUCCCUGUUGGCCCAGACGUGGAGGACUAUGCCUGCGAGGUGAGAGACAAGAAGAACUAGCAUGGAUCUGCCUGUUCAUUAUACACAAAGCAUUAUACUCUGUGAAAUCAUGUAAGGAAACAGUGAAGGGGAGAAGUAUUAGGUGCACAAUUCAGCUUUCUAGGAAUUUCAGUGCAUUAACAUUUCAGUGCAUUAAAAAAAAAAUACUCUAGUCCUCAUGGUGUGAAAAGUGUGCCGUAGUAGCUUCUGCUGAAAUGUGGAAAAAGCUGUAGAGGAGGUCAAGAAAGCGUGCCCCCCCCCCAAAUCUAUCGUGGGCAGGACUUCUAUUUAAUUGUUUGACCUCCUUUUAAUCACUCCCUGCCGCCCCAUGUCCCCUAGCCAAAUGUUAAAUACUAUUAAUAAGUUUCAUGCAGUGAAAGGGGUUAAGGCAUGCAGAUGGAAAGGCCCAGAAUUGCUUUGCCACAGAAUGUUUAGUGUAGACAAAUAUAUAUUUUUAUAAAGUGUAGCUGCCUUGGAGGGAUAGAACUGGGGUGUGUGAUUACCAGUAAGGAAGUGAGGAAUGGGCAGAGUAGCUGCCUAUGAGGCAUCACCUGCUCGGAAUAGAGAGGGGACUGCAAAUACAGUAUUUUCCCGUGUAUAAGAUGGUAAUUUUUCCUUAUACUAGGCAAAAAUUGUAGGUCGUCAUAUACACGGAUAGCAGAGGGGGUCCAGGUGAUUGGUGGCAGCAGCGGGCAGCGCCGAUUGGGCGUGUGAUUGGUUGCUGUGGCAAGGCAAGGUCCGCUGAUGAUUGGCUGCGGCUGCAGCAAUUGGGCAUGUGAUUUACGCCAGCGGCGAGGCAUGCGUACAAUCGGCUGUGGUUGCAUCAAGUGGGCAGGUGGGCUUUUGGCAGCGAGCGUGCAGACGAUUGGUGGCCGUGGUGAUGCGUGCGAUUUGUAAGCUGUAGAGCAAUUGGCAGUGGUAACCUCCCCCCAAAAAGCUCAACAACUUUGGGCAAUCCCCACUCCAAAUUUUUUGCUGCGUUCCCAAAAAAUAGGGGUCAUCUUAUACAUGGGGCUGUGUUAUACAUGGAAGAAUACGGUACCUCCUCUUCUCCCACUGCCUCCUUCCAAGCAGACUGCAGCUGGGUUAACUAUUUGACACUUCUCUCACACACUCUCCCCCUUGUGUUUCAGGUCCACCAGCUCUUCCACCAGGCAGGAUUCAUGGCAGACAUCAAUGCCGACCAAAGCUUAACCCUCAACCGCAAGAUCCGAAAAGCCCAGCUGGCCCAGUACAACUUCCAGUUUGGUGAGCUGGCAUCUCUGAAAGCGAGUGGGAAUAGCCUGCCUUAACUGUCAGACCAAAUUGGUUCAUCUAGCUUCAGCAUUGUCUACACUGACUGGCUCUCUGUUGUUUCUGGCAGGGGGGAGUCUUUCCCCAGCCGUAGAUGGAGGUGCCGGCGAAUAAGCCUGGGAUCUUCUGCUCUGCCCCUGAGCUACAGCCCUUCCUCAUCGUAGGAAGCUACAUUAUACCAAGUUGGAUCAUUCCCCCCCCCCCCAGCUGCCUUAGGUUGAUUAAAAGUUUGGGCUAUAUGCAUGAUCCGAACUUCUUGUACAGCUGCAGCAUCCAAAAGGGUGAAGAAUAAGCGAAGUCUCUGGAGAGCGCUCAGAAUCAAGUUUCGAGUUGUUAUGCUUUGGGCUAUAUGCUUGCAAGUGUAAGGGCAAUUUUUAAAAACAAUGGGGAGUUUGUUUUAUGUCCCCUGAAAGCUUGCAAUCCAUGUAGCCAAGUGGUCUCCUCCAAAUCUCCAUGUCUCUUCCUGUUUCUUCUCUACUACUUCUUAGAAUGAAAGUGCUUCUUCAUGCAGUGUGUAGUUACGGUAAACUAAACGGCCUCGGUCCAGUAUACCUGAAGGAGCGUCUCCACGCCCAUCAUUCAGCCCGGACGCUGAGGUCCAGCACUGAGGGCCUUCUGGCAGUUCCCUCAUUGUGAGAAGCAAAGCUACAGGGAACCAGGCAGAGGGCCUUCUCAGUGGCGGCACCCGCCCUGUGGAACACCCUCCUGUAAGAUGUCAAAGAAAUAAACAACUACCUGACAUUUAGAAGACAUCUGAAGGCAGCCCUGUUCAGGGAAGCUUUUAAUGUGUGACGUUUUAAUGUAUUUUUAAUCUUUGUUGGAAGCCGCCCAGAGUGGCUGGGGAAACCCAGCCAGUUGGGCAGGGUAUAAAUAAUUUAUAUAUAUAUAUAUAUAUAUAAAUAAAAAAUAAUUAUUAUUAUUGAACUCCCUCCCCCAGGAGGUAAUGAUGGCCACCAACCUGAAUGGCUUCAGAGUAGGAUUAGACAAAUUCAUGGAGCUACUAGCCAUGAUGGAGAGGCUGUGUUGUACCUCCACAGCUGGACGCAGCAAUGCUUCUGAAUACCAGUUGCUGGAAAACACAAGGCAGGGGAUUGUUAAUCUUGAGCUUGGGUCCUGUUUGCGGGUUUACCACAAGCAACAGGGUGGCCUGUGAGAACAGGAUGCUGGACCUUGAUGGGCCAUUGGCCUGACCCAGCAGCCUCCCCUUAAUCUUAUGUUCUUGCUUCUAGUGGUCGGCCGGAAGGAGAAGUCCAACCGCACCGUCAACAUCCGUAGCCGCAACAACCACCAAUAUGGUGAGCGGGAUUCGCACGAGGUGCUGCGCAGGCUCCACGAGCUCCGGGAAGCUCGUGUCAGAAAUGCUGAAGAUCUUUUCUAAAGGAGAGGUGAGACCCCCAUCAUCAACUUGCCAGGACAUGCACAAGUAACAGAAACAACAGCAAAAGCUGUGUGUGUGUGAAUCAUUUCACAAGUGUCAUGCUUUUGGGGCACCUCAAGGUCACGAUACAUUUCAAGAUCCUUGUCUUUACCAAGUUGCAUUGAUGCCCCCACAGUUUGGAGACAGGUCAUCUUAUCAAGCAAGGAAUCCUUGUUUGCUAGAGCUGAACCAGCCCAGGCCGUACAUCAAAGCAUCCCCGCUGCCUUCUUCGAACAUCCCUCAAAAUCUUGCAAUUUUUCUUGGUUGACUGGCAGAGCAGCAUGUACAACAACCAGGCCGCAGGAGAGCAGAACCCUCUUUCUCAGAAAAGCUGUUUGUGGAAACGCAUUCUUGGAGGGAUGCCAAGUUUCUCUCCUUCGCGCUGGCCAGCCUGUCUUUCAUGGUCACCACAUCCCCUGUGGAGGCCCGUAAUUAAAAUACCUUUUCUUGAGAAAUUGCAGCUUGGCUGGCGGUCUCAUUGAUUGGUUGGCCUCGCUGCGAACUACUGCAUUAGCCCCAGGGGCCUUGGCGGGUCGAGGUCGGGGUCAGGCCAAGUUGUUCUUUUCUAAGGAUGCGUAAGGUGUGUCUUGUUGACAAGGGAUCCCACUGAAACUGGUGCCUAGAGUGGGGGGGCAUUUAACGGCAGGUGUGUGUGCACAUUGCUCAAGUGAUUCAUCUUUGUCGCAGCUCGUUCCCGGAAAGCUGCAGAGGACCCACAGGUGGGAAGGGAAGAGAGACGCACACACACACCUCUUCAGAGGACUGAGUCAACAGCAGCUCGGCUCAUAAAUUCUACCUUGCCCCCUGCCCCUAAUAUCCUUUAUCAGAUGCAAAUAGGUCACUUUAAUGGUUAUGGGAGUUGAUGCAUGGAAAUAGUUACUCAGGGCCGGCCUGCGUAACAUCCCGGUAGCAGGUCCAUCGGGGUCUUUUUAGGUACUUACGUUAAGUGCUUUUUAAGUUGUUUUAGUUACUUUUAGUAUUUAAGUGGUUUUAGCAUUUUGGUAUAUCAGGGUGGUGCAGCCCAUGAGGCUUUUUUUGGCAGCCCUCAGCAACAUUCAGGAAAGAACACCUUAAAGCCUUUAAAAAUUAAAUUUUGUGUGUGUCAUGCAUUGUUAAUGAAAGCGCAUGCAUCUGUUGGUGUAUAAAAUUUCUUUAAUAGUUAAGCCUAUUGUGUAU